AGUAACAAAUACAAACCGUUGCACCACUUGGCUUGGCAGUGGUGUGAGAAACAAACGAUGUGCGGGGCACUGCUUUCACCACUGGCACGCUCUAUAAGGAUCACCGUGUCCUAUUGGGGCCACCACAUUUCACCAGCGCCACAUUCUCUAAGAACUUCUGUGCUCAAGUCAAUCAGUUAGUCAAUCAAUUACAUUCGAUUUACUUACGUUUUCCUGCUUCCACCACGUUGUGCGAGUCAAUCAAUUACAUUCGAUUUACUUACGUUUUCCUGCCACCACCGCAUUGUUCUGCUGAUCGUCUCCUCCUACCACCACGUUGUGCUGUUCUUGCUCUGCUGAUCGUCUCCUCCUACCACCACUUUGUGCUGUUCUUGCUUUGUUCUUUCCCCAAGAACACUGUUCUACUGCUCUUCACCACAACAUUGUUCUUGCUUUGCUCUAUCCCACAUCAUUCCUCCUAUUACCAUUAUAUUCCCCAAAAAUAUAGACCCCGCUCUCUCUAAGAUCAAUGGCGUCAGGAACGCCAGAGGACGUAUAG